CAUGGCGCCGCGCAGGACCGGGGCCCGCGCCUCUGCGGGUGGCUGCGGUGCCGAGUAGCCGGGCGGCGCUGAGGCCGGGCCGGAGCGCGGGCGGGCGGUGGUGGCGGCGGCGCCCUCCGGGCCUCCCGGGCGCCCGCGGCCGAGCGCGCCGGGGACCAGCGGGGGCGCGGGGACCCGGCGGGCGGCCUCCCGCCCCGCGCCGCGCCCGGCCCGCCGGCGAUGGUGACACAUGCGGCGGCGGCGCGCCGGCGGCAGGACCAUGGUUGAGCGCGCCAGCAAGUUCGUGCUGGUGGUGGCGGGCUCGGCGUGCUUCAUGCUCAUCCUCUACCAGUACGCGGGCCCGGGGCUGGGCUUGGGCGCCCCCGGCGGCCGCGCGCCCCCCGACGACUUGGACCUCUUCCCCACGCCGGACCCGCACUACGAGAAGAAGUACUACUUCCCCGUGCGCGAGCUCGAGCGCUCGCUGCACUUCGACAUGAAGGGCGACGACGUCAUCGUCUUCUUGCACAUCCAGAAGACGGGCGGCACCACCUUCGGCCGCCACCUCGUGCAGAACGUGCGCCUCGAGGUGCCCUGCGAUUGCCGGCCAGGCCAGAAGAAGUGCACCUGCUACCGGCCCAAUCGCCGCGAGACCUGGCUCUUCUCCCGCUUCUCCACCGGCUGGAGCUGCGGGCUGCACGCCGACUGGACCGAGCUCACCAACUGCGUGCCCGGCGUGCUGGACCGCCGCGACCCGGCCGCGCUGCGUACGCCCAGGAAGUUCUACUACAUCACGCUGCUGCGCGACCCCGUGUCCCGCUACCUGAGCGAGUGGCGGCACGUGCAGCGGGGCGCCACGUGGAAGACGUCCCUGCACAUGUGCGACGGGCGCACGCCCACGCCCGAGGAGCUGCCGCCCUGCUACGAGGGCACGGACUGGUCGGGCUGCACGCUGCAGGAGUUCAUGGACUGCCCCUACAACCUGGCCAGCAACCGGCAGGUGCGCAUGCUCGCCGACCUCAGCCUGGUGGGCUGCUACAACCUGUCUUUCAUCCCCGAGGCCCGGCGGGCCCAGCUGCUGCUCGACAGCGCCAAGAAGAACCUGCGGGACAUGGCCUUCUUCGGCCUGACGGAGUUCCAGCGCAAGACGCAGUACCUGUUCGAGCGGACGUUCCACCUCAAGUUCAUCCGGCCCUUCCUGCAGUACAACAGCACGCGGGCCGGCGGCGUGGAGGUGCCCGGGGCCACCAUCCGGCGCAUCGAGGAGCUCAACGACCUGGACAUGCAGCUCUACGACUACGCGCGGGACCUCUUCCAGCAGCGCUACCAGUACAGGCGGCAGCUGGAGCGGCGCGAGCAGCGCCUGCGGGGCCGCGCCCAGGAGGCGCCGCAGCGGGGGGACGAGGCGGAGGAGCCGGGCCGCGUGCCCACCGAGGACUACAUGAGCCACAUCGUGGAGAAGUGGUAGGGGCGCGGGGCCCCCCGUGUGGCCGGCCCGCCCCCGAGUUAGACCUAAAGAGCACCCGCGUGCCCGCCUGAUGGGAGGUCGUCGCAUCCUCCACAAAACCAAGCUGGGGCGGGGGCAGUGCAGUUCCAGGAGCGUGCUUGCAGGGGGCUCGGUCAUGUCCUACUCAAAGCCGGGCAGGGCAUGGUGGGGCCUCUCCCUUCUCGAAGUAGGUAGGUCACUGCAGCCUGAAGGCUUGAAACAGGGAAGGAGACCUUAGCCAGUCAGGAGUGGGCCUCUCCGGCCACAGGGGUGCCAUCCAAACAAGCCCAGUAGUGGGCAGCAGAGAAAAGCAGAGUCAGGCCACCUCCCCAAGACCCCCACCCACCUGUGCACGCCCCCUCUCCACCCCUCCCUCGAGGCCAGUCGGGGCUGUCAGCCGGCUCACGGGUACCUUUUCUGGCCGCGGCUGGCCCAGGCACCGCACCCGGCUGCAGCUACUUAAAGUGCAGGACCCUCAGGCUCCAGGAAGCUCACUCCCCUCCCUGGCCCGAGGUUAAAACCCACAAGCCAGCUUUAAACCUCAGGUCAGAAGGUCAAAGCAGCGCUCUUUGGUGACCCUGUCCAAUGUCCACAGGCCUCAGGCUGAGGGGGCUGUGGGGAGGUGGCUCCCACACUACACUGUACCCCUUUCCCUGGGUAGAGAGGGGUCCCUGCUGGCCUGUGGGGUGACACCCAGCCAGCCAGGCCAGACUAGGCUCAGACAGGAAGGGCUGGGAAAAUAUACACAUGCCCCAGUUCUCCCUGAUCCUCCAGCAUUGGUUAGCAUGUUGUUCCCAGCCCCAAGCUCCCAUUUUUCAGACACUCAAGGGCUUGUGGGUCUCAGUCUGCUGAUCCUGAAUGCAAAUGAUCAGCUGGCCUGGCUGGAACCCAGUAGCCCUCACUACUCACCCCGGCCACACCAGGCCACCGUGAUCCGAGAGGGACUUGGCAUCUCCCAAAGUAGGAGGGGAAGGGGCUUCCCUCGUGCUGACAGACUUCCAGCCUGGGCCUCCCUGGUGUCCAGAUGCCCCCCAGGACCCUGCCCACUUCCUGCACCCCCCACUCUCACCCCUCAGGAGGCCAGGGCUCCAGCUCCUCCAGGCCUGUCCUCCCCCAGGGCCCCAAGGCCUGGCUCUGGGAGCUGAGUGUGAGCCCCUCACCCAGGGUAGGGUACAGAGGAGAGACCAGCCCCUGGGUGGGCACCCCAGGGACUCCACAGAGAAACUCAGGAGAGCACGAGGGUAGACCAGAUCAUCCAGUCCCUGAAGCAGGUGGGCAGGGCAGGGGUCCGGGGGCCCAGGGGCAGUGUUGAAUGGAGGCACAUCCGACCAGGGGCCCCCUCCUCCCUGCCCCACUUUCCCUCCAGCCACCCCAGCACUUGCCACCAUGGAGUGAGGGGCUGAGUAGCCACAGGAGCAGGAGCAAGGAACCUUCUGGAACACAGGAAGAGCUCAGGUAUUGCUGAAUGAAGCUGCAGCCAGGGAGAAAGCAGUUUUAAUGGUUUCUGAUCUGGCCUAAAGAGGGCUUCCUCCACUGGGCCUCUCACCCCGGAGUCUGGGUCAGGGUGGGGUCCCAGCCAGCUCAGGGCCACCCCGGCCUGGUCGGGGCGCUCCUGGUGAUGCAGUGCUGGCGGGCAUGCAGGGAGGCUCCCGGGGGAAGAAGAGGCUCCCGCGCCAUGGGGGGUGCUGAGAGCUGGUCCAGGCCCCCCAUCAGGAGGUGGCCGGGUCCAGGGUGAGAGCACCCCUGGGUUCCCACCGCCAGCAGACCUGGAGCCUACGACCCGUUCUGUGCCUGCUUUGGCCCGCUGCCCAGUUCUCUCGCAAGCUUGGGUGUCUCCUCAGUUCCUGUCACGUUGGAAGCACGGCCUGUCUCCUGCCCGCACCCCCGGUCUCCACCAACCCUCCCCUCACUGACCCCUGGCUUAGGGGCAGAGGCUGCCCUGGGCCUGCAGCGUCACCCAGGACAUCUCAGAACAGGUGGCCCAGCCGUGGGGAACCUGCCCGGGGCCAGAGGGCCUUCUCAGCACAGACCCUGCAGACGUGAGACCCCUGGAGGAGGGCCAGGGGCCAGCAAUGCGUCUGUGAACUUUUUGGGGAACUGAAACUUUAACUUGAACCCCAGGAGCAUUUAAAGCUUUAUUUAUUUAUAGCUUCUUCUUUAAAAAAAAAAAAAAGUUGAGAACAAAUCUUUGGGUUAUUCAUACCAAAAAAAAAAAAAAAAUGAUUUGAUGAUGGAAAAGCAA